AUGGCGCGAGCUGCCGCUCCGACAAUGGUCCCGAUGACUCGACAGGAUGCGCUGCGAUCGUGCCCAAGUUUCUACGGGGGCUUCCGGAAAAUGGCUUUCGAAACGCUUCCUCUCUACGGAUCUCUCGUCGACGGAAGACCGGCGAACGAGACUCGAGGACGAUGUCGUUUGCUCGCGACGCGAGGCGAUACGGCUUUUAUCGACGCGCAUAUUUCAGACACGGUAAUUGGAAAUUCAGCCUGGCCCCGCGCUCGCAGGUGGUGGAUGUACGUGGAUGGAUAUUUAUCACACGGCCUGAAGACGGCGCUAUAAUAGCGUCGCUUUUUCCUCGAAGAUGAGAAAUCGAGCGUGUAGCAGUCAAUAAACAACCGAAUCGAUUCUAGAAAUCACACGAGGUUUCCCAAACCCGCGGUAUAUUUGAUUGAGCACAACCUGAAUAUCUCGCUGAAAAGAUAUCUUCAGCCCGCGAAGACGAUUAGUUUGGGUCGUAAACGUUAUUGAA